CACUCACACUUCUCAUUCUCUCUCUGUAAAACUCUCGAAACUAAUCACUCACACUUCUCUUCUCCCUGCAAAACUCUCGAAGCCAUGGUUUCUUUUUCUUCUUCUUCUUCUGAUUCUUCGACAAAGAUGAAGAAAAAGAAGCUCUCUGUGACAAACAACCAAACCCGUUUCAAGAAACCGUUCUUGUUGGCAAGAGAGAAGACGAUGCUCAAGAAAGCUUUGGAGCUUACCGUUCUCUGCGAUAACGAGAUUUGUGUGCUACACUACGACCGCGAAGGUAAUCUCGUCAACACCAUGCCCGAAGACCAGUCACAAGUCACAGGCAUUCUCGACAAGUAUAGAAACCUAAGCGACGGUGAAAAGCUAAAGAAAAGCACGAAUCUUUCACAGUUCUACAACAAGAAACUGGUGGACGAGAAGAAAAGAUCUCUUACCGACGCAGAGGAACGCAAAAGAUUCACCAAGAAAGUUGGAGAUUUCAAAGGUUCGUUGGUAGAUCAGUUUCAUAUAUUACAAGACAGGGUUCGUCACCUUCGUUACUCCCAGGAUCAUCAUCAUCAUCAGACCGUGCAAGAUCAGAGCCCUUUUCUUGAUGUUGUGUCUGAUAAAAAUCACAACUUUCCGGAGGCGUCUUCUUAUGGCUUCUUCCCCGUCAAUGACUUCUCUUCUUCUUCACUAAUCGAGGAGGAAAAUCCAUUGAUGAUGAACUUUUGUCCGCCGGUAAUUAACGAUCCUGUUUUUGAUCAUCAACAACAAAUAGGAUCAUUAACCAAUCCUCUCCUCAUGAGUGGUGAUGCGUCAACAAGCACCGAGCAAGAUAUGAGCCCUCCUGUUUAUAACUAUGCCACAACCGGUUCCUCCAAUCAAUCGAGUAAAUUCUCAAUGUUUCUGUUUAACCAUGAAACCGCUACGUUUACUCGACUUCCCAACUCUGUUUCUUCAAGCUUUGACCAAGGGUUGACUCCUCCGUAUACCACCAAUCUCGGUACAGCUUUACAUGGGGCACAAGGGUUUAACUUUGGGUGCAGCAACAAUCUCAACUCACUAGGCUUUAACUUUGGGUGCAACAAAAAUCUCUGUACAUGACUGAGCACUUUGGUGAAGGCACAGACACCACAUUGGAACUCUUAUUGACCAACACGUUGCUUCUG